CCACACUUUGGCUCUCUCUCAAAUCCACACUUUUCCCUCACUUCUCCCUCUUAUAUAUUUAUUACAUGCAUACAUAUUACAUACAUAUUAUAGAGGUUUAUACGUAUUGCUGCCCCUUAUGUCUCGCCAUUAGAGCUUCACUUGGAACGGGCUGCUUGCUCUAAUUGAGAGGAAGGGUCUUCGAGGAAAACGAGGUUGGAAGUUCCGACGGAGGUUGUAAAUUAGUUAGUUAAUUAGUUGGUUGAGGACAUGGACAAGCUCAAUUUUGUGAAGAAUGGCGUGCUUCGUUUGCCGCCCGGGUUCCGGUUCCACCCCACCGACGAGGAGCUCGUGGUCCAGUACCUCAAGCGGAAGGUCUACGCCUGCCCUCUCCCGGCCUCGAUCAUCCCCGAGGUCGAUGUCUGCAAGUCUGAUCCCUGGGACUUGCCAGGGGACCUGGACCAGGAGAGGUAUUUCUUCAGCACGAGGGAAGCCAAGUACCCGAACGGGAACCGGUCGAACCGCGCAACUGUUUCUGGGUACUGGAAGGCCACCGGGAUAGACCGGCAGAUCGUGGCCUCGAGGGGAAUCAACCCGAGCCAGAACCAGCUCGUGGGGAUGAAGAAGACUCUGGUUUUUUACAGAGGGAAGCCCCCGCACGGGACCAAGACCGACUGGAUCAUGCAUGAGUAUCGCCUCGUCUCGCCCGACGCCAACUCCCCACACAGGAUGAACUUGAACCAUAGUCCGGAGAACUGGGUCCUCUGCCGCAUAUUCCUGAAGAAGAGAAGCAGCAAGAACAACGAUGGCGAUGACAAAAACAACGGCAACAUUGAUGUCGCGAGCAGAGUUGUUGGGAAGAGCAAUACCAGCAGCAACAGCAACAACAACAACAACAACAAUAAUCUCAUGCCGGUUUUCUAUGAUUUCAUGGGCAGGAAUCGGAACCACAAGUCCACCGAUCUCAACCUCGCUCCCGACUCCUCGUACUCGGGCUCGAGUGGGGUCACGGAACUAUCCUCCCACGAAUGCGACGACCCCGAAGAGAGCAGUAGUUGCAAUAGCCUCCCUUACUUCAGAAGAAAACCUUAAGCUUAGUAACCUUAAGCGUAGUGAGGGAAGACGAAUCUCAACAGUCUUGAUGUGUUUCUUAAAGUUGUUCGUUCUACCACAAGUUGACCUAGUUCCCGGUUCUUGAUUAAAUAACCCACAUCUGAGGAAAGUGAGAAGAAGCCUCUUCCAGUGUUUGGUUACCGACGGGUCGAUGACCCGUCGAUCGGCAUUGGCACGACGUCUAGCUUAUGCUUACAGUGCUGUGUUAUGUAAUCAGACCCCGAGAAAGAAAAAAAGAAAUCGAACUUUAGUGAAGUUUCUUUGCUCCAUCCAUAAUUUGCCUAAUGGGGUA